AUGUUUUCGAUGGAUUAAAAUAAUACUUUAAAGAAAUUAAUUAGUAAUACUUAUAUAGUAUUUUCAGGGAUAUACAUAUCUUAUUAGUUUAUGAGGUAUGUAAAGAGGUAGAUCAGAAAUAAGCGAAAUAGCUUAGCUAAAAUAGAGAUUAUUAAACAGGUAAAAAGUAAAUAGAAAAUAAUUGAUGAUAAAGAUGAUAAAGAAGAUCAAAAUAGCGAGAAUAAUCAGAAAAAACAACAGUCUAGAAGAAGUAGUGAGAGUUUAACAGAAGAAAAACAAUAAAAUACUAGAAAGAUUAAAUCUAAAACCUCAUCAGCAAUUAAUUUGUUAGAAUUAGAUACUUCCAUCCCUUAAGAGAUAGUUCAAGAAAAAAGGCGUAAGAUAAUCAAAGUUUGUCUUACUGGAGGGCCUUGUGCAGGUAAAACCUCAGGUCUCGCCUUUUUAAGUGAAAAAUUAAAAGAUGAUAAUUUCGAUGUUUAUGUUGUUCCAGAAGCAGCAACUUUAAUUUCUAAUGGGGGUGGUAUGAUCAACAUUGGAGGCUUUUCUGAUGAAAAAAUCAUAUAAUUUUAGAAAUCUCUAAUGAGUGUUUAAAUUUCUUUAGAAGAAAAUUUUCAAAGAUUGGCAGAGAUAUCAGAAAAUUAAUCAAUUAUACUUUGUGAUAGAGGUUUAAUAGAUGGGAAGGCAUUUAUGUCUGAUGCUGGCUGGCAGCAACUACUCAAAGAAAUGAAACUUUCAGAGCAUGAAAUAAGAGACAAGAGAUAUGAUUUUGUCAUUCAUUUAGUUACAGCUGCAGAUGGUGCACCAGAUUACUAUAUAAAAGAUGGGGCAAGAUAUUAAGAUAUUGACUAAGCUGUAGAAAUAGAUAAAAUUUUUUAAAAAUGCUGGCUUGGCCAUUAGCGACUAGAAAUCAUUGACAAUAAAAGUGUUUCAAGCUUCGAAGAAAAGCUGCAAAAACUCCUUUUUACGGUCAGAAGAAUGAGUGGUGUACCAGUAAAAGGUAGUAAGCUCUAUUCAAGAUACAUAAUCAUAGAUCCUUAAAGUCAUCCUAAUAUCCCAGAAGACUUUCCUGUUGAGUCUUUCGAAAUCGAAGAUACAUUCUUGUACAAAGUAUAAUAUGACGAAAAUAAAGGAAAGUUAACAAAGAUUAGAAAGAGAGUUUAAAAUGGAGAUGUAAUUUAUCUGUGUAGCGAAAGUCACAUAAUUGACGGCAAGCAAACUAUUUACUAUAAGAAGAGGCUCAAUUAUAGAGAAUAUGUUCUUGUUAAAGACAGAGAAGAUAGAGAUAGAAUUACCCUUAGAAAAUUUAGAAGAUAAUUUGUUUAUUAAGGAUAUUAUUAUAUUUUAGAUAAAUACUUAGAUUAUGAUAUGUGUAUAUUGCGUGCUAAAAACAGUCCUGGAUCAGAUGACAAACAAAUUAUAAUCCCUGAUUUCAUUUAAAUAGAUGCAGAUGUUACAGAUCAUAAAGAAUUCAGAUCUCUCAAUUUAAGUUUAAAGUCAAGUCCUCUUAGAGAUAAAAAAUUCUUAGAAGAGCUGGUUUAUACUAUUUAAGAUUAAUAGAAAAAUUUAAUUAAAUUUGAAGAUAAACUCAGACCUAGACCUAAUAGAAAAUGA